GAGAGGCAGGAACAGGAGAGGAGGAGGAAAGAAAUGGAGAGGCAGGAGGAAGAAAAGAGAAAACGGAGGGAGUUGGAGAAGAAAGAGGAGGAGAAAAGGAAAAUGGAGCGUAAGAGGGAGGAGGAGCAGCGGUGCAGCGCAAAAGCCAAGGAGCAAAACGCCAUAGAAAAUCUGGAGAGACUGCUGUCCUGCAACACUUCGCCUCCACCUCCACCUCCUCGCCUUUCCUCCUCUGUCUCCACACCUCCCAGCUCCCAGGCUUCACCCCCCUACCCCUGGCUAAGCCGCGGUGGCAUCCCACCCUGCCCACCAGGCCAGAACCCCUCCACAACUCCUCUGGAGAGGCUGCGGCCGCCUCCUCUUACACCUCAGACUGACUACGCCAGAGAAAAGCAGAGGCAGCGGGAGAUGUGGAGCAACAAUAGCGGAACGACAUUCAGUCCCUCAACAACACAUAAUACCUCAGGGAUGAACCAGCCGGUAUACCCCAACAAACCCCCGGCAAUGCAAGCCGCACCCAGCCAAUCCAAAGACUCAGCCAGAGAGCGAGAUGGCAGCAGCCAGCACUCUCUCCCCUCCAUGGCACUUAGAGAUCCCCCGAAAUUGUAUCAAGCUUUUCCCAGAGAAUCUCUUCCUCCACCACCUUUAUCCUCCAGCUCUACUGGGGGAAUUAUCCAGAAGCGGGUGACAGGAAGUGAGUUAAACAAGCCCAGCAGGUGCAGCACUGAUUCUGACAGCGCUCAGUUUGAAGAGGAACCCUCCGAGAUGUCCACGCUUCUCCCCGAUGGCCUAGCGAACAUUAUGGCAAUGCUGGAUGAAUCUAUCAAAAAGGAAGAGGAGAUGUUUAACAGUGAAAAGACAGGCUCCUCUGGUCUCCUGGAUAACUUUACUCCUAACGUCCAGCCAAUUAAAAGCUACCUGUGCGCCCCUGACCUAAUUCCAGCCCCAAAGCAUCAGCCAAACCAGGACGACUUUGGAUCCAACCCCCAUGCCAGCCCACCUGUGCUCAGCCGCCAAGGCUCGCUGGCAUCUCCUUGCAGUCGAACAUCCUCCCUCAACGAGGAGGAUGAGGACUACAUUAAAGCGUUUCCAAAUGUCCCUCUGAACCCCAAACAGUCAGCAGACAUGAUCACUGGUGCAGGAAACACCAAUUACCGCCACAGUGAUUUGGCUAAACUUUAUGGUCUCCCUGAGGCCAUUAAAAGCGAAGCAGAUGAGGAUGACGACGAAGAGGAUUCAGAGACCCCUUCCUGUUCCCCUCCACCGCAGCGGCCCCACCUUCAUCAAACAGGUGUCAACAGCAUGUUCAAGUCCCUGGCAACAGUCAUAGAAAGCCAGAAGUAUGCGUACCGUGGUGGUCCGUUUGGCAGACCCCCUCCGUCUGCUCUGGUCGGGGUCAAAUAUUCUUCUUCACUGUCAUUGGAACCUGAUAUCUGCCGCCAACAGCAAGGCAACUCUCCUACAUCAGAUUCAACCAAUCCACCAUUCAGUCCAGCUGUCCCACCUCUUAAGUCUUCCCCACCUCAAAUGCUGGAAGACAAGAAACUGAAAAUAGAAGAUGCAGAUACCUGGAAGGACAGCAGUGAAACAAUAGAGGAAAGGAGCAAAAAGGAGACAGUUCCCUCAAUAAAGCCCAUCAGGGUGGUCAAAGAGGAGAACGGGUUAACAACUAUCUCUGAAUCGUCACUGGCAGAGCUGGGCAAGAGCUGUGAGGUAAUGCUUAGCCGACAGUCACUUACCAAUAAGAACUCCCUUGAUAAACUUGACGGUCGUAGCAAACUGGAGGACAGACACAAGGCUGACAAAGUGAAGGAACAUAGGGACAAAGACCGGAGCAAAGACCGGGACAGAAAGAGGGACAAAGACAAGAAGAGGAAGCAUGGUCACAGCCACAGCAGUAGCAGAAAACAUGAAGAUAGAAAAGAAAAGAAAAAGCAUAGAGAAAAGAAAGAGGAGAUGGCGUUUUCUUCAUCUUCCUCUUCGUCGUCAUCGUCCUCUUCAUCCACUCAUUCGGGCUCGAGCCACAAGCGACACAAAGAUGGAAAGAGCCACAAAGAAAAGAAAGACCGCAGGAUUCUUGGGGACCUGAACCUCCAAAGCAAAGAGGGUAGCGAAAAGAGUCUAGGAAGAAGUUACGACACUGAUAAAAAGAAGCGCAAAGAAGCAUCAGGCACGACAAGCGAGGGGGACCUUGCAGAGUGGACCUCGAGAAGUUCUGGAGAAAGAUCCUCCGAGCACAAAACAGGCACUGAAUCUGGUUCCUCGUUAGGUCCCACAGACUUCUUGAAACUUAAGGCGCUGUCAGAUGGUCCCCCCAAGGAGCUGAAAAUUCGCCUCAUUAAAGUGGAGAGUGGGGACAGGGAGACAUUCAUCGCCUCUGAGGUGGAGGAAAAGAGGAUCCCGUUGGAGGAAAUCAGUAUCAAAAACACUGCCAGUGAAAUCAUCAGGGCCUGCAAGAGUGCCAGAAUAAAACGGAAGUUCAGAGAAUCUUAUUUAUUACCAGCCUUCUCUGUGAAGCCCAUCAUGACCUCUGAGGAGCCCAUUCCUCGAGAGAAACUUAACCCUCCUACACCUAGCAUUUAUUUGGAGAGCAAGAGGGAUGCCUUCUCUCCUGUGCUUCUGCAGUUCUGUACAGACCCCAAAAAUCCUGUUACUGUCAUCAGAGGCCUGGCAGGAUCUCUACGACUCAACCUGGGGCUGUUUUCUACAAAGUCACUGGUGGAAGCCAAUGCAGAGCAGGCAGUGGAGGUGAGGACUCAGGUGCAGCAGCCCGCAGAUGAGAACUGGGACCCUAGUGGGACCGGUCAGACAUGGCCUUGUGAGAGUAGCCGCUCCCACACCACCAUUGCAAAGUAUGCCCAGUACCAAGCGUCCAGUUUCCAGGAAAGUCUACAGGAGGAGAAAGGCAGUGAUGAAGAGGACGAUGAAGAUGACGACAAGGAGAAGAAGCCAUCUAACAAUUCUGAUGCACCAAGCAAGGAGAGCUCAAAGGAAAGCAGCAGCAGUGAGCAGAAACCAGUGGGAAAGAUCAUUAAAUUUGGCACCAACAUUGACCUCUCAGAUCCCAAGAGGUGGAAGCCCCAGCUGCAAGAGUUGCAGAAGCUGCCGGCCUUCAUGCGUGUAGCGUCCAGUGGAAACAUGCUGAGCCACGUGGGUCACACCAUUUUAGGCAUGAACACUGUUCAGCUCUACAUGAAAGUCCCAGGAAGCCGAACGCCAGGUCACCAGGAGAACAACAACUUUUGCUCGGUGAACAUCAACAUCGGUCCUGGAGACUGUGAAUGGUUCUCAGUUCAUGAGAACUACUGGCAGGCCAUCAGUGACUUCUGUGAAAAGCAUGGAGUGGACUACCUGACAGGGUCCUGGUGGCCAGUGUUGGAGGACCUCUACAACGCCAACAUACCUGUGUACCGUUUCAUCCAACGGCCUGGAGACUUGGUGUGGAUCAACGCUGGAACUGUUCACUGGGUUCAAGCUGUUGGCUGGUGCAACAACAUCGCCUGGAAUGUAGGCCCUCUCCAUGCCUACCAAUACCAGCUGGCCUUGGAGAGGUUUGAAUGGAAUGAAGUAAAGAAGGUCAAGUCCAUCGUCCCCAUGAUUCACGUGUCCUGGAACGUGGCCCGCACUGUCAAGAUCACUGACCCUGACACCUACAAAAUGCUCAAACACUGCCUGCUACAGUCCAUGAAGCACAUUCAGAUCCUGCGGGACCAGUUGGUGGCUGAUGGCAAGAAGAUAUCAUAUCAGAGUCGGGUGAAGGAUGAGCCUGCCUACUACUGCAACGAGUGUGAUGUGGAGGUGUUCAAUUUGUUGUUUGUGACAAGUGAGAACAGCAGCAGGAAGACAUAUGUGGUUCAUUGUGAGGACUGCGCACGUCAGCGAAGUCCAUCCCUGACCAACGUAGUGGUGCUUGAGCAGUAUCGCAUAGAGGAGCUCAUGAACGCCUAUGAUUCAUUCAGCCUGGCCUCCUCCUCCCGGUGACAGAGCUCCCCUCCUGCAUCUCCUCAGCCAUAACCAAAACUCCUGCAAGACAGGACAAAAAGACACAGUUUCACUUUGGUUUUUCAACUUAUCCUUUCAUUAUUUAAGAUCAUUUUUGCUACUACUACUGCUAAUACUUGCCGAACAGCCAGUUGAAUACGUUUACUCAUCAUUACUGUUUACAAAGAGAAAUACCAAGCCGCCAAUACAAUACCAGUUUACUCUCAGAUGGUGCUUUCAACCAGAAAAACCCUGGCCACAGUGAAUUGGAGAACCAGGGGGCAGUUGGUGCUGCCAUUGAACAAACUAUGGUUGAUGGUUUCAAUGGCGUGUUUCUGUCAGUACCAGAAAGAAUUUUUCUGUUGUUGUUGUCUUGAAUACUGAAAUUUGUACAUGCUGUUUGCAAUUUUUGUGGGGUGCUGUCUUUUUUAAAAUAAUUUAUUGUUUUGUUUUUUCUAUACUAGAUCAGCCUAGAUAUAUACCACAUUGGCCUUGUCACUUCUAUUUAGAAAAGAGAGAAAAUGAAAAUACUAAUAAUAGAGAUAUGAACAUUUUUCUAAAGCAUUAAGAAUUUUUAAAAAUACAAUUGUUUGGAAUGCUUCAAAACAUACGGGUUUUAACGACUUUGGUUGUUUUUUGGGGGGGUUUGUUUUUGUCUUUCAGAGUCUUGUAUGUGUUGUAAAUCUUGUUUUUAUGAAUUUGUUUUCUCUGGAGAUUAUUAUUCAGUUGUCACACAUCAUCAGGUCUUUUUUUUUUGGUCAUUUCUUCCAUCUCUGUAUGACUAGCUCUAUAAAGAAAAAGGAAAAAAAAAAAAUCAGUCAUCUGGUGUUUGUGUGUUGUACCUCCGAUUGUUUUGUUCCAGUAUGCAGCCUAAGUAUUUCCUGGAUUUUUUUUUUUUUUCUUGGCAUUGUACAUUUAAUUUAAAAUGUUUCCUCUAUUUAUUGGAUAUAUCAAUGUUCUCCCUUUUUUAACAGGGUUUGCAAAUUUUUUUUUUAGUUUUUUUUUUUUUUUUUUUUUUUUUUUAAAUGGUGACCGAUUGCUCUGUAAGAACUGAAAUGUGGGGGUUGUGUGUCCGUGGGAGUGGAGGCUGCUGUUUUCUCUGGUGCUUGCCUCUCACAACUCCUGCCUUUUUCUCUGAAUAUAUAUUAAAUAAUAUCUUUAUCUUGAAUAUUAACGCCACCUUUCCUGUAGACAAUAGGCACACUGCUAACGUAGAGAAGAUGACUAAUGGAAUGCUGUGUUUGUAUGCUUAAGGAAAAACAAAACCUUUUUCCAAAGUGUUUUGAGAAAUGGUAAUUUUUUUUUUUUUUUUUUAAUUAUGUAGGGGGCUUUUAGACAAGAUUUUAAUGACUACGAUAUUUUCUGUUGAAUACGAUAACGGGAUAGAUGGUGCUAAAUGUUCUCUUUGAACAACCUUUUUUUUGUUUGUCUUCUUAAAAUGAGAAUUCUAUUUUUCCUGUUGCAAUAUUACCCUUUUCCUUCUCUUUGUGGUCAUUUAUUUAUAACUGCACUGUUUAGAGAUUUCACACAGACAUACUUGCAGACACACACACCAAACUGAGCCAGACAUGUCUUAAACACUUGUGAAUUUGUGUGACAUUACUAUGACUAUUAAUAAUAAACGCUUUUUGAUAAACCCA